UCUCUCUCUCUUUAACUCGUCGGACAGGGAGAGGGCUGCGAUUCGGCGGCCGGCUCUAUGAGACGCGCUUGUGUUCAGCUGGCCGCUGGAAAGGGAGGGUAGGCGGCAGUUACAAACGCUCCUCUUAACUCACUGACAGCCUCUGGCACUACUCUGAGAGAGAGAGAGAGAGAGAGGGAGAGAGGGAGGCAUUUCUGAGCACAGAGAGGGAACUUGUUCAGCGCUGGACUUUUAUCAUGCUGAACUGACCAGCGAGCGUCUUCCCUCCGGAAUACUCCACCAAACAACGGCCAGGACGAGACUCGCAGCGCAGGGAUCAAAAUGCUCAGCUUCGAGCGGCCCCCUCCAUUAGCGGUGAUGCAUCCUGGGAGAGAACCUCCCUCCGUGGCCAUCCUGCCUCUGAGAAACACCCACCACCAGCAGCAGCUGCAUCACAGGAGGAGAACCAAGAGGAUGGAGAGGGGCAAAGCGGGACUGCGCUCCAAGAAACUGGCCCUCCUGUCACGCUCGCUCAUCAUCUGCAGCUCCAGCAACAAUGAGGACGCGUCCAGCCCGGAAGAGAGGUACCGCGGGCCCUGGGACGGCGGGCUGGAGGAGCGCUCCGUGGGAAGUUCGGAGAAGUACAUGACGAGGAGCGUCAGCAUCCAGGCGCCUCAGAGGAACCAAGAGGCCUCCAAAAGAACUAUGAGGAGGUCCUUCUCCAUCAAGGAAAGCAGUUUCUGGAGAAUGUGCGUCGCCACGCGAGAGGAGGGUCUGCAGGCGGCUGAUAGCAAACUUCAGCCCGGCGACAAUGACGCGUCUGUUGGAGAAGAUUUACACAGGGACACUUACAUCUACUUCGGAGACAGACUUGCCCCGUUUAACGGACAGACUAUAAACGAUCAAACAAAACCGGAGGCUGAUCCGGAGAAAAGACCCAUGCCGAAGGCCGUGUGCAGAACCACGAGCACCGAAGGUUUCUCUCCAUGUGAAAGCAGAGCUCUGUUCGCUAAUGUCAGUGAAUCAGACCAGCUUGGCUACACUUACGGAGAAAAGGAGGCAAUGGGAAACAACAAUAACUUGAAGAUGCCGAUUAUUAAAGUGUCCGACGGUGACAGCAAGAACCGGGACAACGAGGAUCAGAGCUGCCAAGAGACAUCCUGCAAGAGAUCUCGCUCCAACUCCACCAGCGUUCACCCGUACUGGAUCGGAGACUUGGAUACCAUCAUUAUGAAGACGCCAGAGUUGUUCCCGUGUCCCGCCCACGCCACCGCAGGCUUUUACGGCAACAGGAAGUCUCUCUCCCAGCAGCUGGAGUUCCCUCACAGCAUUCCACAGGCCGUGGUCAGACCGUCUCGCUCUUUAAGUUCGGCACAUUUGGUCCCCUCAUGCAGCAGCGUACAGGCCUUCAUCAUCUCUAACAUUGUCCUCAUGAAGGGCCAUGGAAAGGGCCUGGGAUUCAGUAUAGUAGGGGGAAGAGACAGCAUGUACGGCCCAAUGGGGAUUUACGUGAAGACCAUCUUUCCUGGAGGCGCAGCGGCUGCUGAUGGAAGACUACAGGAAGGAGACGAGAUACUGGAAUUGAACGGCGAAUCUCUGCACGGCCUGACCCACGAAGACGCCUUACACAAGUUUAAACAAGUGAAGAAGGGUUUGUUAACGCUGGUGGUGAGGACCAGUCUGCGGAUGGGUGCCGUGCCGGGCAGUCAUGGCCAGGUCUCUCAGUUGUGCCGAUCCAGAUCUCUGAGCUCCAGCACCGGUAUCAGUCGAGUCAGUGCUGAUCUGGGAGACUACAACUGCCUCAAUAACUCUGCGAAAGCCCAGGACAGAGUCAUGAUGGAGAUCACGCUGCACAAGGAGUUCGGCGUAGGUUUAGGCAUCGGUCUGUGCUGUGUGCCUUCUGCUGGCGGCUAUCCAGGAAUCUACAUUCACACGCUGUCACCAGGAUCAGUGGCUCACAUGGACGGACGAUUAAGAUGUGGCGAUGAGAUCAUGGAGAUCAACGACACGGUGGUUUGCAACAUGACGCUGAACGACGUGUACACGGUUCUGAGUCAGUGCAGCCCGGGCCCGGUUCAGAUCAUCAUCAGUCGACACCCCGACCCAAAAGUUUCUGAGCAGCAGCUGAAUGAAGCCAUCGCUCAGGCAGUGGAGCACAGCAGACUGAGGAGAGACAGGAGUCAGUGGAGUAUGGACGGAUGUAACAGCAGUCUGAGGAGAGCGGACGCCUGUUCUCACAGCAGACAGAAGUGUACGCGCUGUCUGGACCGGAGCACCACCUGCAGACGAGCACAGAAACCCAUGAUGCGAUCGUGUAGCGAGGGCGCCUACAGCCAGCGCUGUAUACCGGCCAGCACCACCACUCAGUCCUUCCUCGAACCCCAGCACGUCACCAGAGUGCAGAGCAUGGACGUCUCUUUAACAACCAACAGUCAAACUUCACUUAAUAACACACUCUCUCCGGCCUCGUUCACGGACGACGACUAUAACAUUCCCUAUAAGUGUCCGAUGAAUUUCACUGGGCAGCAAACAUUAGAUGUGCCUGCCGGUGUAGUGAGGAGCUCAACGCAAGGAGCAGCAAACCAGGCACGGAGGUACUGCAGACGACAGGAAGUCAGCAGUCAGGAAGCGCUGACUGAUUCGAGCGGCUCUAGUCGAGGUUCACCAGUGAAAGAGGAAGAUCUGCUGCCUUCUCAAAGCAACUGCCAGUUUUUCUGCAGUCUAUACAGGGCUUUGAGAAAGAUCUCAAGGCUUCUGUUUAAGAAUGAAGUGGUUGAAUGCGCAGAAGUCGGAACUAAAGCAUCUGCCUGUAUCUCUGAGACUAAAAGUGACUCAACACACAGAGGGGACCGACAUCACAGCGGUCCAGAGUCCCCAUCUAACGUGUGUAGUCUGAGUAAGCGUGUCGGUCUGAGACGUCAGGCUCGUUUGGAGUUCAGUACAGAUCAACCACUUGACCCCUGGGUAAAGCUUACAGAGAGCCCGGAGAACCAGUAUUACUUUUUCAAAACCAUGAGUGACCAAAAUGGAGAUAGUGAGGUUAAUGGCACAGCCCUUGACACCACAAACACCACCUCAGACUCCAAAUCCGAUCAACCUCCCAAUGGAAAAAAAGGCCCCCCGGUGGCUCCAAAGCCUGCAUGGGCACGUCAGAGCAUUAAAAGCAUUAAGUCUGGGAAACCGAUAACAGAAGCUUUGAAGCAUCCGGAUAACAGGAGCCACGAUACUGGAAGGACCUUUGGGAUUAGUCUGAGGGCUGCUUCAUCAGGAGCCAAUUUGUCAAUCAGGCAGAAGAUCAGCUCUUUUGAGACUUUCUCAAGUCCUGAUGGAGCCGAAAGGCCAAGCAGGAGACUGGCCCCAACUGCAUCUCUUCCUCCAGUGGAGAAGACGACUAAAACCUCAUCUGUAGACUACAGCAAUGCAGGGAGAACUAAAGUUACCACAAGCAACUUGCACAAUAAUGAUGACUGCCAGUCCACACCGACAAUUUCAGCCACCACCCAGCCCCCAGAAGAAGAAAAUCAAGAACCAGUGCCCCUCGUUUCAAAUAUUAUUUCGGAGCCCUGUCAUUCCACGGCAGAGGAAGAAAAUCAAUCAACUUCUCAUGAUUCAGAGCCCUGUAAGCCGAUCCCUGUUGAGGAACCUGCUCUUGACUCCACACAAGAGCUUCCACCUGCUGCUGAGACUGAGCAGGAGCCCACACCUUCUGAAGAGGAUUUGCCUCCUUUAAGCCACGUCCCGAGGAGAUCGAGCAGCUCAAAGGAGGGUCCUACAGAAAAAACUGAAGAUGCAGGAACUCAUGCAGUGAGCUUGAGGACACGAAGUCUUCCUCUCAGUCCCUCUUCAGAUGCCCCCAGCUCAAGCGGCUUGGACGGGGAGAGCCUGGGGAUCAUCUUGUCCUUCAGCAACCAAGUAUCCAAUGCUCUGAUGCGAUCCAUGCAAUCCCUGCCGCAGUCCCCUUGCAUUAGGUUUGGGAACCCCUGGGGCGCCCCACCAGGAUCCCCUCUUCAUGACUCAAUAGAGGAAGACUCUGCUGGUGAAAAGGCCUCAUCUUCAGCAGUGCUAGAAAACAACGAAAAGGGCUUCUCUGUAAGCUUGGCUAAACUGAGAGAGCGUACCAUAGAGAGAGGGGAGGAGUGCGAAAAGGAAGAAUGGAAACCUGAACGACUGCCCACUUCAGCCACAGAUGUCUGUGCCCAAUCUAUGCUCUCAGCCCUUCCGCCACAGGAGAUUCAGCAGAUGAUCCAGGAAGUCAAGGAUCUGGAUGAAGACACGCUAAGGCAACUGGAAGACAUCCACGUUGUGAUUCUACAUAAAGAAGAAGGAGCUGGCUUGGGUUUCAGCAUCGCCGGCGGUAUCGAUCUGGAGAACAAAGCAACUACGGUUCACAGGGUGUUUCCAAGCGGUCUGGCUGCUCAGGAGGGCACCAUAGAAAGAGGAGACGAGGUGCUGUCCAUUAACGGGCAAACGCUAAAAAACGUCACGCACAGCGACGCCACGGCGAUUCUCAGGCAGGCCCGCACCAUGAAGCAGGCGGUGAUCGUGGUGUCCAAAAACAAAGACCCAGCUAACGCUAACGAGCCCAGCUGCAGCAGCGGGCCAGAGAGCAGCGUCACAGGGGACGAUGGAGGUGAAGUUGUAACAAUGGAGCUGGAGAAAAACGCAGGUGGAGUUGGAUUUAGUCUUGAGGGAGGAAAAGGCUCCAUUAACGGCGACAGACCACUAACUGUCAACAGAACAUUUACAGGGAGUGACGCUGAGCAAAAGGGGCUGAAGUCCGGUGACGAGGUACUGCAGAUACAGGACUCGUCUCUGCAGGGUCUCACGCGCUUUGAGGCCUGGACACUCAUUAAAGGCCUCAACGACGGGCCGUUCACACUCCUCAUUAAGAGAAAAAAAUGCGAUUAGAGAGACUCCACUCAGAAGACAAUACAGGACUGAAGCCAAAUUAUGCAAAACUUCAUUUCAAGCAUUGGGGAAACGACUAAAAAAAAAUUACUUAAAAGUCGGGUUCCCGUAACAUUUUCAUUUUUCUUAAUGCAAUCAAGACAAACUUUUUCUAUUUAAUUAAGCGUUUUAGAGUUCCUAUAAACACUUGAAACGUUUACAUGACUGUUAGGUUUCCCGCUUCACGUUUUGCGGCCCCCGAUAUUUCCAGGUUUUCCGUGACUGGGGGAACCCUGCUGGGAUCAUUCGGUUUCCUCGAUCGCUCCAUUUCGCCAUUAAUGCAUUUUGACAGUACGACUUUGGUCUCCUAUAUGACGUGCAUGACGUGCAUCGCUGCAUGUCGUGGUGCUACAUGAUCAGGAAAGCUUGUUUUUCUGAGCAGAGUUUUAUAGCCCAUCGCUGUGCUGGUGUGAUGAUGUUUUACCGUCGCAAUCAGGGAUUCAUAAAAAAAAAAAAAAAAAAAAAAGAGAUACUUUUCAAAUCUGCCUGUUUUGAUGCAAUGAUUUGCACAAGCCUGUAAAUAGUUUCGGAUAUAUUUCUACACCAUUUCACCAAAGCAGAAUGUCAUGAAGCACUUGUGGCAGUUUUCAGGGGAUUAGAAAUAGAAUAUUUAAAUUUUUUUUUUAAUGUCAAAUGCUCUCCCUAACAGUACAUUGCUCUAGUUUUUCAUCAAAGGCAGAAAAAAAUAAAAUAAAUAUAUAUAUAUAUUCCUUAGAUUUUUUUCAGAAAUAUCUAACAGAAUACACCUUUCACAGUUAAAAAAAAAAAAUUAAAUAAAAAAUACUGUGCCUCUAGUAUUCUGGUCUUGUUAUUUUUUUCCCCCUUGAAAAGAAAAGAAAGGCCUUAAUAUAUUGAAAGUGUGUCAGAAGAAAUUUUACAUGUUUUACCCGUUAAGGUUUGUAAUGCUGAAAUAAAGUAAAAUGCAAAUUAUAAUUAUGGUCGCUGAUCAUUUUUAAUAUCUGAAAAGGAGAAUCAUACAGUGGGUUUUACAAAGUGCAGUUUCUUUUGUUUUCGCUUCUUUUAAGUAUUAACAGACAGUACACAGAUGUCCCAGUCAGUGGCAGGUGGACAUAUAAUAAACCGCAUUGAGCAAAAACAGACUAAAACGCAUUUGAAGUCGACACGAAAUGACUCGAAUUCAAUCCACAUUUCUAGGUCCGUCACGAAGGCCUCGUACCGCUCCACUUCUCCCAGCCAAUCAUCCGCCUCCGUUCUGAUUAGCACCGCCCACUCUCCGCGAUGCAAUCAAAACGAGUGCAAAGCAAUGUUUGUUCUAAAUGCGUCAUUUUACAGAAAUAAAAUGACCUGUGGUUGACAUUUCAUGUUGACUUCAAGAAAAUUCAAAAUCUGGAAUAAUCACACACACACACACACACACACACACACACACACACACACACACACA